CACGCUCUUCUCUCGCCUCGCCACGCUCUUCCACAGAGCCAUCGGUCCAGCUCGCCGUAUACGUACGCCAGCACCAGCGGGCUCAACUCCCUCCCGCCGAGUCGGGGUCGCCACAGUCCCGAUCAGAGUGACGGUCACGCUUCUUCUAGCGGAGAACCGACUGAAGGUGGACGUCAGCCCCUCGCGGCCAGCCAAAGCACAGAGGCCGUUCAUAAGCCGCUGUCUCUGAACUGGCAUCGCACCCUCCACGGGCUGGCCAUGAGUCGCCCCGUCAACCAAGAGGGCGCGCCACCCGCGCCAGACCCCCUCGCCGACGCUAAGUCCCCCCAAUCACUGGUCCCCACGCCGCAGCAGCCGUUGCUCACUCAGAUGUCGACGGUGUCGGGCGCGGCUGCGAUUCCCGGACCAGUGGCUCCGGGGGCUCCAACUCAGCCCGGCGGCCAGACUCAGCAAGAGAGACGCCGACCUGUUCGAAAGGGACCCAAGGUCGUGGAACGACCGCAGCGAGCGCUAUUCUGCUUGACGCUCAAAAAUCCCCUGCGAAAACUGUGCAUUUCCAUCGUAGAGUGGAAGCCGUUCGAAUUCCUUAUACUAUUUACGAUUUUCGCUAAUUGCGUCGCACUAGCGGUUUACACACCGCAUCCGAACGGAGACUCGAACCAGACCAACUCCACUUUGGAGAAAAUCGAAUAUAUCUUUCUGGUAAUUUUCACGGCAGAAUGUUUCAUGAAAAUAAUUGCGUAUGGAUUUGUGAUGCAUCCGGGAGCGUAUCUACGAAACUCGUGGAAUUUUCUCGAUUUUGUAAUUGUCGUUAUCGGCCUCCUAUCAACGGCUCUGUCAACAUUCAUGAAGGAGGGGUUCGACGUCAAAGCGCUCCGCGCGUUCAGGGUGCUCCGGCCCCUGCGACUUGUAUCUGGUGUGCCCAGUUUGCAAGUUGUGUUGAAUUCCAUUCUGAAGGCCAUGGUGCCUCUGUUCCACAUCGCACUGCUCGUCGUAUUCGUCAUCAUCAUCUAUGCCAUCAUAGGUCUCGAACUGUUCUCUGGCAAGCUCCACAUGCGCUGUUUGCACGACAGCACACAGGAACCAGAACUACCGGAGAACCCUUGCGCGGAGCCUGGGCAUUCAGGUUACCAGUGUCCUCCAAAUUACACUUGCCAUGACGGCUGGGAGGGACCUAAUUUUGGCAUCACGAAUUUCGACAAUAUCGGUCUGGCCAUGCUCACCGUAUUUAUAUGCGUCACCAACGAAGGCUGGACUGGAGUGCUGUACAACAUGAACGACGCGGUAGGAAAUGAAUGGCCGUGGAUAUAUUUUGUAUCAUUGAUUAUCCUCGGCUCGUUCUUCGUAUUGAAUCUCGUACUCGGAGUGUUGUCUGGAGAAUUCUCCAAAGAGAGAGAAAAAGCCAAGGCUCGCGGUGAUUUUCAUAAGCUACGAGAAAAGCAACAAAUUGAAGAGGACCUUCGAGGAUACCUCGAUUGGAUCACGCAGGCCGAAGAUGCCGAGGACAAGGACGAACUGGAAGACGAAAAUGCGGUACUGUCCGUUCUGGAGGAAGGCGAACAGGAUUUGAAUGGCAGCGGGGAUUUGAGCGAUCAACAACCCACGUGGUGGACCUCCAAGGUCAGGGAGUUCUCACGCAUCAAUCGGAGAUUCCGUCGGGCCUGUCGAAAAGGUGUCAAAUCGCAAGCCUUCUAUUGGAUCGUUAUCAUUCUCGUAUUUCUCAAUACGGUGACCUUGGCGAGUGAACACCAUAAUCAGCCUCCAUGGCUGGACGAAUUCCAGGACUAUGCCAACAUGUUUUUCGUUGUCCUGUUCACAAUCGAAAUGCUCAUCAAGUUAUACUCGCUGGGAUUUCAGGGUUAUUUCGUCUCGUUGUUCAACCGUUUCGACUGUUUCGUCGUGAUCUCGUCGAUCUUGGAGACCGUGUUCACCUACUCGCAUCUAAUGCCACCACUCGGCGUUUCUGUGCUGAGAUGCGUCCGACUACUCAGAAUAUUCAAGGUUACCAAAUACUGGGCCUCUCUGCGGAAUCUGGUGGCAUCUCUGAUCAACUCGAUGAGGUCCAUCAUUUCCCUCCUGUUGCUGCUCUUUCUGUUCAUCAUGAUUUUCGCCCUCCUCGGAAUGCAAGUGUUCGGCGGAAAAUUCAAUUUCAACGAUAACCAAGACAAGCCCCGACAAAAUUUCGACAGUUUCUGGCAGGCCCUGCUGACCGUCUUUCAGAUUCUAACAGGUGAAGACUGGAAUGUAGUCAUGUACGAUGGCAUCCUCGCAUUUGGUGGGGUUGGCUCAUUCGGAGCUGUGGCGUGUAUAUAUUUCAUCAUCCUUUUCAUCUGCGGUAAUUAUAUUCUUCUCAACGUUUUCUUGGCCAUUGCCGUGGACAAUCUGGCAGAUGCCGAGUCUCUUACGACCAUCGAAAAGGAGGAAGAAGAAGAAGAUGAUGGAGCUCAGGACAACCCUGACAACCUCAAUUCCUCUUCUUCUUGCAGAGGAUCUCCGUCUGGAGACGCUACAGGCAAAAAAGUUCGAAUUCAGGAAGACGCCGGUGCGGAUGUUGUUGAAGAUGAUAAAUCUAAAGCAGACGAAGAAUGUUCGGACGUCGAGGAGGAGGUUGAGGAGGACGAAGGAGAAGACGACGUGGGGAUGGAUGGAGAAGAAGACGAGGUCGCCGAAGAUGAAGAGGAUCCGGAGGGGGCCGAAGCAGACGGCUUAGGGGCAAGACCCCGGCGCAUGUCGGAACUUCAGCCCUCGAGCAAAGUUAUACCGAUACCGAAGGCGUCCUCGUUCUUCAUCUUUUCGCACACGAACCCGUUCCGCGUUUUCUGCCACACAGUCAUCAACCAUUCGUACUUCUCCAACUUCAUUCUGGUCUGCAUUCUCGUCUCGAGCGCAAUGUUAGCCGCAGAGGAUCCACUGCGCUCAAACUCGUUCAGGAAUCAGGUUCUCAAUUACUUCGACUACUUCUUCACCAGUGUUUUCACUAUCGAGAUUACACUUAAAGUGAUCACCUAUGGAGUGAUUCUGCAUAAGGGUUCGUUCUGUCGCUCCUAUUUCAAUAUACUCGACGUACUGGUUGUGUGCGUCUCACUCGUGUCUUUCGGCUUCGGUGACGGUGCGAAAAUUUCCGUUGUGAAAAUUCUUCGAGUAUGCCGUGUUUUACGUCCGCUACGCGCUAUCAACCGCGCUAAAGGACUCAAACACGUGGUUCAGUGUGUUAUUGUGGCCAUCAAAACCAUCGGCAAUAUUAUGCUGGUGACAUUUCUAUUGAACUUCAUGUUCGCCGUCAUCGGAGUCCAACUAUUCAAAGGCAAAUUCUUCUCCUGCAACGACAGGUCCAAGAUGACCGAGGCCGAGUGCCGUGGGAAGUUUAUAACGUACCCCGAUGGCAACAUCUAUAAACCGUCAGAAGAAAUCCGUCAGUGGGGCCGGAACAAAUUCCAUUUCGACGACGUUCCGAAGGCGAUGUUAACGCUGUUCACAGUGUCGACAUUUGAGGGUUGGCCAGACUUACUCUACGUGGCCAUCGACUCAAACGCCGAGGACGUCGGGCCCCGCAUGAACUAUCGGCCGAUCGUGGCCGUGUUCUUCAUCGUGUACAUAAUCAUCAUCGCCUUCUUCAUGGUGAACAUAUUCGUAGGUUUUGUCAUCGUCACGUUCCAGAACGAAGGAGAACAGGAGUAUAAGAAUUGCGAACUGGACAAAAAUCAGCGAAAUUGUAUUGAGUUCGCGCUAAAGGCCCGCCCCGUUCGCCGAUAUAUUCCAAAGGCGAAGUUCCAGUACAAGAUGUGGUGGUUUGUCACUUCUCAGUAUUUCGAAUACGCCCUGUUCGUGUUGAUCAUGACCAACACACUGACGUUGGCCAUGAAAUUCUACAAUCAACCGGACGUCUACAGCCAAGUACUGGACACGCUAAACAUCAUAUUCACUGCGGUGUUCGCACUGGAAUUCGUCCUCAAGCUGAUGGCUUUUCGAUUCAAGAACUACUUUUCGGAUGCGUGGAAUGUGUUUGACUUCAUCAUUGUGCUCGGGAGUCUGAUCGACAUCGUGUACUCCGAUCCGGGCAGCAACAAAAAUCUCAUUUCGAUCAAUUUUUUCCGGCUAUUUCGCGUAAUGCGCCUGGUGAAACUAUUGUCCCGCGGUGAGGGCAUACGGACGCUUCUUUGGACAUUUAUCAAGUCCUUUCAGGCUCUACCAUACGUCGCACUGCUCAUCGUGAUGCUGUUCUUCAUCUACGCAGUAAUCGGCAUGCAAUUGUUCGGGAAGAUCGGACUCAGUAACGACGACUCGGCAAUCGACCGAAACAAUAACUUCCAAACAUUUCAACAAGCUGUGCUGGUUCUGUUCCGCUCGGCCACCGGCGAAUCGUGGCAAGAGAUCAUGCUGUCGUGCGUCAACGACCACGGCGUCAAAUGCGACGAACAGGCAGAUGCCGACGACUCCAGCAGCUGUGGCAACGACAUGGCGUUUAUGUACUUUAUCUCGUUCUACAUUCUGUGCUCGUUUCUCAUCAUCAAUCUAUUUGUGGCUGUUAUCAUGGAUAACUUCGACUACCUCACCCGAGAUUGGUCGAUCCUCGGUCCACAUCAUCUGGACGAAUUCGUCCGAUUGUGGUCCGAGUACGACCCAGACGCUAAAGGCCGCAUCAAGCAUUUGGAUGUAGUCACGCUGUUGAGGAAGAUCCAGCCUCCAUUGGGAUUCGGUAAACUUUGCCCUCACCGAGUUGCCUGUAAGAAACUGGUAUCAAUGAACAUGCCGCUCAACUCAGAUGGCACGGUUAUGUUCAACGCGACGCUGUUCGCUGUGGUUCGGACCUCGCUCAAGAUCAAAACCGACGGCAACCUCGACCAGGCCAACGAAGAGCUCCGAGCCAUCAUCCGAAAAAUCUGGAAGCGAACGUCGCCCAAACUUCUCGACCAGGUGGUGCCACCGGCCACCGAUGACGACGUGACCGUCGGCAAGUUCUACGCCACUUUCCUUAUACAGGACUACUUCCGUCGCUUCAAGAAGAAGAAAGAAGACCGCAUUGGCGCUGACGCUCAAGAAACAACUGUCGCAUUACAAGCUGGCUUACGAGAGCUUCAUGACAUGGGACCAGAAAUAAGAAGAGCCGUGUCUGGGAACCUCGACCAGGACUUUGCCGACGACCAACCCAUGCACCGGCGCAACCACUCACUCUUCGGAAGCGUGUGGUCAUCGUUCAGGCACAGGACAACGGGGGCCAAGUCACCUCGACAACUCGGCAACAACGGGGUCAUGUUGCGAAGAGUGUCCCCGGGACAUUCGCGCUCCCUCGAUGUAGCCGAGAGAGGUUCGGCGAUCCCCCUGCAAGUGAAAUUGCAGCCGUCGGACAGUCCACCCUACUCGUCGGAACUCGAAGAACUAGGGCUCACUGUAGACACAGAAUUCCUCCCACAACGACGAUUGUCGUUCUCGCAAAGAUUGCUCUCGUCGCUUUCGUUGGGAGGUGGUACGAGAGCUAGCUCAGGAGGUUCCCAGGAGGUGCUAACUUCACCUCAGCGGCUGAGUCGAGAAAAAUCCCUGGCAGAGCCAGCCCCCGGGCGUAUUCUCUACACUGCAUCGAGCACCACUCCUUCUAGCGGCGAUGGCUCUGCCGAAGCUGCUCCCUGCUCGCCAAAGUCAACACAUUCCACAUCGCGACACCCACAACAAUUUGAAGCUACAACGAUACACCAACAGGCAACUGGUGCAUCGAUACGAUUGCCUCAAUACCUUCUACAUCGCGCAUCCUACGACGCCGACGCAGGAAAUGACCGAUUAGUGACUAACCGACAACCACCAGAAACUGAGACCAACACUGUUCAGAUUUUGCACUCGUUGGCUCACUCCGCUUCAAGGACCGUGCAUGGAACGACGACGGACGAUGAUACUGAUGAAGACUGGAGGUCGGCUGCUACGAGUCGACGACGGUCGCCAACCCUCCCGAUCAUAUACGCACCGCAGUCAUAUAGCUCAUCUUCGAAUGCUCACUUCACAUCAUCUCACGAGACAAUUCAAAGUUCAAGCGAGCUCCUCACAGCUCGCCCAAAGAUUCGGAGAAGGCGCAGCAGAGGGGGAUCUUUUCGGUUGGGCUGUCUUUCAAAACAGGACUCUACGGACCAGGAGCAGCUUUCGGUCUCCGAUUGUAUGUUAUACCGGAGCAGCUCCUCGAGUAGCCAAUCCCAUCUCACUACGGCAUCCAACUCACCUCAUUCAAGCUCAGUGCACAGAGUCGGAGAUCCGCUCGGCACUGCACCUGCAGCAGCUCUUGCAGCAGCUGGUUUGACCAGCUUAGAACAGCUCGGAGCUGUCCUCCAGGAGCAAACGCGCAGGCUAGAACAACAACAGCAACAAGAACAACAACAACAACAGUAUCCUCAACAACAAAACCUUGCUCCAAACAAGUUUCUUCCGGCACACCGAGCCUCGUAUCACGGGCAAAGGUCUCAUGCUCAGAACACGCUAGAUCCGAACGCCGCGCACACCGGAGCUCACACGCUCGCUGGCAGCGCUGAGAACCUCGUGGGCAGAGUGCUGCAUGAGCAGGGCUUAGGCAAGUACUGCGAUCCAGACUUCGUGCGAGCGACCCAACAGGAGCUCGCGGAAGCGUUCAACUUGACGCAAGAACAAAUGGAUCGUGCAGCCCAUGAAAUUCUUCAGGCCGAGUCCAGGCGUCGCUCAAUGCCUUCCAGUCACUCCACCCAACUGUAG